AAAAAAGCUGCACAUGCAACAGCAACAGCUGCAUUCGCAGCUAGCCAACGAACCUCCUAGACGACAGACCGACGACGACUGUCAAGCGAUUCAGAGCUACAGGCAGAGCGAAACGUACGGACGGGGUAGCAGCAGCAGCAGUUAGAGUAUUCCAGCUGAGAACGACUACAACUACGACUGCUUCCAGCAUCAGAACAUCAACAACGCAGCAGCAGCAACAGAAGCAGCAAAAGAGUACGCGUUUAAGAGAAGAUGUCGUCGCGUAUGUUUAAAUUUGGCGUCGCCGCAGCCAGCGCCUGUGUGGGCUCUGUGGUGGCUUCAUGGAGCAUUGAUCGCUGGAAUUCACCACAUGUGGUCAACAAUGCCAUGCAACGUCCACCCAAACGCAAGCGCACUCUUCCCAUGCGCAGUGAACAAAUCAAAUCCCUGAUGAGCGGCGAGGAAUUCGAUGUGCUCAUCAUUGGUGGCGGUGCCACAGGAGCAGGUUGUGCUCUGGACUCCGUAACGAGAGGUCUUAAGACGGCACUCGUGGAGCUGGACGACUUUGCCAGCGGCACCUCAUCCCGUUCCACCAAGCUGAUCCACGGUGGUGUGCGUUAUCUGCAGAAGGCCAUUCUGGGCCUAGACCUGGAGCAGUAUCGAAUGGUUAAGGAGGCGCUGCAGGAGCGUGCCACAAUGCUGGAGUCGGCGCCACAUUUGACGCAUCCGUUGCCCAUCAUGCUGCCCGUUUACACGUGGUGGCAGUUGCCCUAUUAUUGGGUGGGCAUCAAGGCCUACGAUCUGGUUGCCGGCGAUCGUAAUGUGAAGAGCUCGUAUUUGCUGUCCAAGAAUGAUGCACUGGAGCUGUUUCCCAUGCUGAAGAAGGACAAGCUGUGUGGUGCCAUUGUCUACUACGAUGGCCAGCAGGAUGAUGCCCGCAUGUGCCUGGCGGUGGCAUUGACGGCAGCUAGACAUGGUGCCACCGUGUGCAAUCAUGUGGAGGUCAAGGAGUUGCUCAGGAAGGACGAUGGCACUGGCAAGAAGGUGCUCUGUGGCGCCAAGGUUAAGGAUCAUAUAUCCGGCAAGGAGUUCACCGUCAAGGCCAAGUGCAUUAUCAAUGCAACCGGCCCCUUCACCGACUCCAUUCGCAAAAUGGACGAUCCGACGGUGAAGAGUAUUUGCGCGCCCAGCUCUGGAGUGCACAUUGUGCUGCCCGGCUACUACAGUCCCGAUCAGAUGGGUCUGCUGGAUCCCUCGACAUCCGAUGGACGCGUCAUCUUCUUCCUGCCCUGGCAACGGCAAACGAUUGCCGGCACCACAGAUCUACCCUGCGAAAUAACGCACAAUCCCUCACCCACCGAGGAUGAGAUUCAGUUCAUUUUGAGCGAAAUCAAAAACUAUCUUAAUGCCGACGUUGAGGUGCGUCGUGGCGAUGUCUUGUCCGCCUGGAGCGGCAUUCGUCCGCUCGUCUCCGAUCCCAACAAGGAGGACACGCAAUCUCUGGCGCGUAAUCACAUCGUCCACGUCAGUCCCUCAAAUCUCAUUACCAUUGCCGGUGGCAAGUGGACAACCUAUAGAGCCAUGGCCGAGCACACACUCGAUGCAGCCAUCAAGGCUUGCAACCUGAAGCCCGAACGUGCCGACGCUGUUACAUCGUUCCUGAAAAUCGAGGGCGGUCAAGGCUGGACACCGACCAUGUACAUCCGCCUGGUGCAAGAUUUUGGCCUGGAGUGCGAGGUGGCACAGCAUCUGGCUAAAUCGUAUGGCGAUCGUGCCUUUGCCGUAUCCAAGAUGGCAUCGCUCACGGGCAAACGUUGGCCCAUCAUUGGCAAUCGCAUCCAUCCCGAGUUCCCCUACAUUGAUGCGGAGAUUCGCUAUGGCGUCCGUGAAUACGCUUGCACCGCUAUAGAUAUGAUUGCUCGUCGUCUGCGUUUGGCCUUCCUCAACGUGCAGGCCGCUCAGGAGGCACUGCCCGUGAUUGCGGACAUUAUGGCCGAGGAGCUGCAAUGGUCCAAGGAGGAGAAGGAGCGCCAAAUCAAGCAGGCAACUGACUUUUUGGCCAACGAAAUGGGACAUGCGGUCAAUCGCUCAUCCAAGGAAAGAAUACCAAUCAAACUGUCCAAGGAGGAGAUUCAGACAUAUGUGAAACGCUUCCAGUUGAUUGACAAGGACAAGAAGGGUUAUGUCUCCAUCAAUGACAUUAGGCGGGGACUCAAGAGCUUCGGCGAUGGCGAUGUCUCCGGCGAGCAAUUGCACGAUAUUCUCAGGGAGAUCGACACCAACAUGAACGGUCAAGUGGAACUCGAUGAGUACUUACAGAUGAUGUCUGCGAUUAAGACCGGUGAUGUGGCGUAUUCCCGAUUCGCCCGCAUGGCCGAGCUGGAGGAGCAGAAGCACGAGGCGGCCAAUCUGAAGACGAAGAUCAGUGUCGAUCGCUCCGGCGGCGGCCUGUAAACGUUAAGCGACUUAACAAUACGAUGACACACGAUGCGCUCAUCUAUAGUAAAUCAAGCACACUUUUUUUAGCAUUAAGUUCAACGAAUUAUACACAAUCUAUUUAAAAUUAUUUCUUUUCAUUUUAUUGUUAAUAAAGUCUUGAAACUUA